CUCCAUCGCUGCAGCUGCAGGCAGACACUGACCGGCACAAUGACCCAGAAGGUGGUGCUCAUCACAGGUUGCUCCUCCGGGAUCGGCCUCGCCAUGGCUGCCCGCAUCGCGAAAGAUGAGAAGAAAAGGUUCAUGGUCUAUGCCACCAUGAGGAACCUCAGCAAGGGUGAGGCGCUGGUGGAGGCGGCUGGUCGUACUCUGGGCAGGACCCUGGUGAUCAAACAGUUGGACGUGUGUGACGAGUGCUCCAUCAAAGCCUGUGUGGACAGCCUGCCGGAGCGCAGAGUGGAUAUCCUCAUAAGUAAUGCUGGGAUGGGUCUGAUUGGACCAAUCGAGUGUCAGUCCAUCGAUGAAAUGAAGACCGUCAUGGACACCAACUUCUUUGGGUUUGUGAGGCUGCUGAAGGAAAUCCUACCAGACAUGAAGAGGAGGAAAAAAGGCCAUAUCGUGGUUAUAAGCAGCGUCAUGGGCAUUCAGGGAAUCAUAUUCAAUGAUGUGUACGCAGCAUCCAAGUUUGCAGUGGAAGGCUUUUGUGAAAGCUUAGCAGUACAAGCCCUGAGGUUCAAUCUCAAUAUUUCCCUAAUAGAGCCAGGUCCAGUGAUAACUGAGUUUGAGCGUAAAGUCUAUGAUGAAGGAAUGAAGACUGACCUCAGCAAGGCCGAUAAAAUAACUGCUGACAUUUUCACCAAUGUCUACCUGAAGAACUACAAUCAAAUCUUUGAAAGCCUCGGACAGACUGCUGAAGAGGUGGCAGAGCAAACUCUCAAGAUCAUCACCAUGGAGAAUCCACCUUUCCGUCAUCAGACAAACACACUUUACACCCCCAUGACCACACUUAAAUAUGCUGACCCCAACGGAGACCUCCCAAUCGACACGUUUUACAAGAUGGUGUUUGAACAUGACAAGGUCUUCAACGCCAGUCUGAACUUCCUCAAACUACUGCGCUGGAGAAGUCGAAAGAGCUUUUCCAUGGAAACUGAUAAGAGCAACUAACCAAUACAGUCUCAUCUUUAUUAUUUUGACGAGAUAAGUCAUUAAGGUACUUUCCUAUAUAAAAUAAGAUUUUUAUUAUUUAGCUCCAAGUUGUCUUUGUGGUGAAAUGCUUAAACAAUGAAUAUAUUGAGCAAAUAAAAUGAUAAAAGCCAAUCAUAAUCAUGAAAGUUUUUAAACGAGUCUAUGAUAGGAAUAUAUUAAGAAAACAGGGAUGGAUCUUUUGUCAGUAUCUACCAGAGCUGUUGGCAAUAUACACAGCCCAUCAGAAGAGGAGGGAAUAAACAAGGUUGGGUUAGAUUACAUUAAAAUUAACAAAUGACAUGACUGAUUACUUUGGGCUUACUUCAAAACAUUUACACAGCCAUGAAAGAUUUGAGUUCCACAAAUAUUCAUUUAUUUUCUUCAAUAUCUUCAAUUUGUUUCAAUCAACAGGGCAGCAAAUUUGUCUGAAGCACUUUUAAUGAGAUAUUACAUUUGUUUUAAUUUUUGAUUGACUAAUUAAAAGACCGUUAAACUUGUAAUUAAAUUAUACUUGGCGAUUGUCACCAUAGUCUAGUAGUACUUUUUUCACAUGUUAACUGAUCUGAUUAUAGUU